AUGUACCAAAACCUUGGACACACACCCAACUGGGACGUUUGCUUCCAGCAAGCCCAGCUCACAGAGGAGAACCUGCGGUCACAUGGGUCCACAUAUGCCUCAACACAUAGCCCAACACAUGUCAAGGCGGACAGUGCUUGCUACAUGCUAGAGUCUCAACAGUACUACCGAUACGACUUGGAUCUCGACGAGUCUGACGACGAAGAUGCGAGCUCGCAAACAAAGCGAAUGGCUCUUCGAAAAGCAGCAUCCAUGGAGGUGCUCAAGGCGUAUGGUGGAUGCUUUGCCUCUGGCUUCCUUGCCCUCCAAGAGCCUCUGCCCAGCCGACCACAGUCGAAGCUGCGACGGUAUGAGAGCGCAGAUGCGUUUGAGAUGCGACGAACAGCAUCCAUUGCGACAUCACUCGAAAGCGGGUCAGUCAGCUGCACAAGCAGCAACAACGACAGCCCGCGGCCCGACUCUGCUACUCUGAGCCCUGCACAGCUGCAAGAGGCGGCGCGAGCAAGCAAGUGGAGUUGGAGAAGCAUGCGGAAGAGCCGCAAGAACGCAGCCAAGAAGCUGGACGUUUGA